AUGAGUGUCUCCGAGCUCAUAAAUUCUAUCAAUGCCGCUACUGGCAAAGCUAGUGAAUUGAAUGAAGAAGAUAGAGGGAGGCUUUUUAGUGCUUGUGGAAAACUUCAAUCAAGCUUGGAGGGUCCUAGGGAUAAGUUGAUGAAAAUGAUCUUUUCCUCACUUGAACCUUUGGCACUUAGGCUCGCUGUCGAUAUGGAAAUUUUCGAUACAGCAGCUACUUUAUCUGCGGCCGGCAAAGAAAUCAGAGCUGAGGAUCUAGCUGUUCCGAAAGAUGCUGAUACUUUGCUUGUUGGCGAGUUCCACGUUGCUAUUCGAGUUAUGAGGCUCCUUGUUGGAAUGGGUUUCUUUGUCGAAACGGCUAGAGAAACCUACAAACCAGCACCACUAGCAAGCGCUUUUGUCACAUCCUCUACAUACGGCCAGGCAAUAAUCCAUUUCACAACCCAAAACGAAGUAGUAACCUCUCUCCCAACAUACUUCGCCAAAACUGGCUACAAGAAUCCCAAUGAUGCAUUCAAUGGCCCAUUCCAAUUUGCUCGACAAACAGAACUCCACUGUUUUGAUUGGAUAGCUACUCAGCCCCGUCUUCAAAAUGCUUUCAAUACCGUCAUGACUAUCCCACGUAAUAUUGGUCGUACAGCAUGGUACAAAUACUUUCCCGUUGCAGAGAAGCUCGUUGCAGAAUCCCCUACGGAUCCACUUAUUAUUGAUAUCGGAGGAGGCAUUGGACAUGAUUUGAUACGUUUCAAGGAAGCAAAUCCAGACAUCCAGGGAAGACUCAUCGUGCAAGAUAUACCAGUUGUGAUUUCUGGUAUAGCACCAGGCUCACUUCCUGAAGGCAUUGAAGCUCAACCCCACGAUUUCUUUAAACCGCAGCCGGUCCAAAACGCCAAAGCUUAUUUCCUUGCCAAUGUUUUACACGAUUGGCCUGAUAAACAAGCUUCUAUUAUCCUUGAACAGAUUAGAGACGCAAUGGGGAAGGACAGUAUGUUAUUGAUCAAUGAGAAUUUGAUGAAAGAAGAGAAUGUUUCAUUUGAGAGUGCGUGUACAGAUUGGACAAUGAUGGGUGGAUUUUCGGCAUUAGAAAGAACGGGGAGACAAUUUAAGGAGUUAAUUGAGAGUGUAGGGUUAGUAUUGGUGAAGGUUUGGGGUGCACCAAAUGUGGAGAAUGGACCGUGGGAAGGAAGGAGAUUGUUGGAAGUGGUUAAAAAGGAUAAAUAA